CGCUGCUUUGUCUAAUCGCCCUCUCUUGCCUAGUCUCUUCUCCUUCUUUGUAGCCUUCAUCAUAGCCUUCUUCCAAUAACUCCUCAUCCUGCAAAAUCUUAUCUUUCUUCCACCAUGCAGUCCACCAUACACGUAGCAUCCGACUACGAGACUGUUGAUGCCCAUGCUCCGUCCAGCACUUAUUACACAACCGGACUAAAUGCCGGCGGGGUGAUCGGACGACUCAAGACUUAUACCGGCCAGCGAUACAGCGAUUCUCCUGUUCCACCACGCAAGCGACGAGCUUCCCAUGACGAUAAAAGCAAAGCACAAAAGUUCCUCAUUGAUGUACAAGAAACAUUGCGCAUCUUGAUGGAGCAGGAAGAUACCGAUGGCGAUUACCAGAUUACAGUUAAUGAUCUCGGGCCGAAAUCGUUCUCUGUUGGCACCGCUGAUUCUGGCGGGUAUCGCAAGAUUGAUAUUCGCGGCACAUACAUGCUCUCCAACCUCCUGCAGGAACUUGCAUUGGCCAAAGACUACGGUCGGAAGCACAUUGUGUUGGAUGAAGCACGACUGAACGAAAACCCGGUGGACCGUCUCUCAAGAAUGAUCCGACACAACUUCUGGCAAGGCCUUACGCGGCGCAUUGAUGCCGACGGCCUGGAGCUGAUUUGUGCGGAUACCAAGAACCGUUCUGCCAACCACAACCCGCGCAUCUACAUUCCGCACGGCGAGGAUGCGGUUUAUGAAUACUACAAGCAUGUGGCUGAGACGCGCAAGCAUUUGAAACUCGACGUGCAGCGGCUGCCGCAGGACAUCACGCCUGAAUACGUCAAGAGCAUCAAUGACCGACCUGGCAUUCUCGCCCUGGCCAUGCGACAAAAGAACAACACCCUCGUCGGCGUGCCCUUUGUGGUUCCCGGUGGUCGCUUCAACGAAAUGUACGGCUGGGACUCGUAUUUCGAAACGCUCGGUUUGCUUAUUGACGACCGUGUUGAUUUGGCCCACGACAUGGUUGACAACUUUGUCUACCAAAUCCAGCAUUACGGCAAGAUCCUCAACGCCAACCGCUCCUAUUACUUGUCGCGCUCGCAGCCACCCUUUUUGACCGACAUGGCGCUUCGUGUGUAUGAGCGCGAGUCGAACCUCGACAACAAGGCAUGGUUGCGGCACGUCUUGAAAGCGGCCAUCAAGGAAUAUCAUACCGUGUGGAUGGCUGCACCUCGACUUGACCCCAAGACCCAACUGUCGCGAUUCAGACCAGACGGCGUGGGUAUCCCGCCAGAGACAGAAGCGUCCCAUUUCGACCACGUCAUUGAGCCGUACGCACAAAAAUUGAACAUGUCCAUCGUUGAUUAUAUGCAGAAAUACAACACUGGUGAUAUCAAGGAGCCGGAGCUUGAUGAAUACUUUUUGCACGACCGUGCUGUGCGAGAGUCGGGCCAUGACACUACCUAUCGUUUUGAGAAAGUGUGCGCCAACUUGGCGACAGUGGACCUUAACACGCUCUUGUACAAGUACGAAGUUGACAUCGCCCAUGCCAUUCGCAAUAUUUUGGAUGGUGACCUAAAGGAUUUUGAUGGAAACAAGCAAUGUGCUGAGGAGUGGGAAGAGCGCGCGCGGUUACGGCAGCAGCGGAUCGACAAGUACAUGUGGAACGAGGAGAAGAGCUUGUAUUAUGACUAUGAUACGGUCAAGGAGAAGCAGACAAAGUAUGAAUCAGUCACAGCAUUUUGGACCAUGUGGGCGGGCUGUGCCAGUAAGGAGCAGGCCGAGAAGAUGACUACGAACUCGUUGCAGAAAUUUGAGGUGUUGGGAGGCUUGGUAUCGGGUACAGAAGAUUCGCGAGGCGCCAUCACUCUCGAUCGACCCAACCGACAAUGGGAUUUCCCUUAUGGUUGGGCACCGCAUCAAAUCAUGGCUUGGCGUGCGUUCAACAACUACGGGAUGCAGGAGGUUGCUUCUCGUCUUGCCUAUCGAUGGCUGUACACAAUUACUAAAUCAUUUAAUGAUUUUAACGGAGUGGUACCUGAAAAAUUUGAUGUGGUUGGAUUGACGCACAAGGUUGAAGUCGAGUAUGGAAAUGUGGGUACAGAUUUCCAGUUUGUGCCACGCGAAGGAUUUGGUUGGAUGAACGCAUCUUAUCAAAUCGGUCUGGCGAUUAUCAACACCCAAAUGCGGCGCGCUCUAGGCACAUGUACCAGUCCGGAUUUGUUUUUUGAACGGGCACUCAAGAGACAAAACAUGCUCAGUGAGACGCAUCUUCGACGGCGCAAGUCAUCCGAGGCAGCAGCCAAGAAGUUCACGCGCAAUGGCCAUGCUACUGCAGCUGUUACACGUAUUGGUACAGAAUCAGGCAUUGGAGGAUCCAACACCACGUCCCUGCCGAUCAGCUUUGUCGAACUCACCGAGCCGCUUCAGGAUCUCAGCAUUUAAAUAGAGUAGAUUUAAGCCACUAUUCAGAAUACUUUUCUUUCUUUUCUUACCGUAUACACAUUUGUAUAAAAGCUUCUUGCCCCCCUUUUCAUCAGCACAUCAUAUCCUGUAUCAUCAUCAUUCCCGUUCAUUCAUGCUUUCUCUUAAUAUAUCUCCACCCCCAUUCUUCCGCCUUCCAGCCUUUUAACUUUUCUUUGCAAUCAUGUAUAAACCUUCACAUGUAUGUACUCCGUAUACAUAAGAUCAAAAUGAGCGUUAUACGAAUAAAAAAGCACUGAUUUCUCUUUACAUGCAC